CGGCAUGUAGACAGGGAGAUUUCUCAACAGAACAUGAAUCCAGGAGAGAAACCUAUUUUCCAGGAAUUUCUGACAAAUCAAGGGACUGUGGUAAAGCCUUAUUACUGGCAGAGCCAGAACCGCAUCUGUCCUAAGUGUCCCUACCACAUAAGGACUGGUGAAGAAGCAAGAGUCCCUUACGCAGAAGUUCGCGGGGUCUUUGGCUUCCCAAACAGAUCGACAGCAACUCUCCAGGACAAACACCUUCUCUUCUAUGAACUGAGGAGCUUCUCAGGCAGAAUAGUCCAAAAAGGCCACGCUACAAACUGUGCUGACCAAGACAAGCAUCCCGAAUCGAUGCUGUUCGAGGCGGGCGGUUAUCUGGACGCAGUCGCGCGUACCUGUGAAAACAUCAGAUGCAUCAUCCUCUAUUCAAGUUACUCUCCUUGUAACGAGGUUCCCCACUGCUGCGUAAGUAAAAUCUACAACUUCUCGCUGAAGUACCCAGAAAUCACGCUCUGCAUCUAUUUCUCUCAGCUCUAUCACACCCAGGCUGGUUGCCCCAGUGCGGCGUGGAACCGCGAAGCUCUGCGGAGCCUCUGGAGCCUUUGGCCUCGGGUGACUCUGCAGAGACCGCCUGGGGAGCUGUGGCCUUCCCUCCUCUGCCCUUUUGUGUGUGGCAUCCCAGGGUCAACCCUUUCGCACCCAACUCCACCGCUGAGAACCUCAGCAGAGGGACAAAAUCCACAGCGAAUUAAUGACUUACAAGGAAUGAAACCGCGUUUUAGGAAAGCCUUUCCACAAGCAACCCCGGGAAAGCCUGCGGUAGAACAGAACUCAAAGGCCUUUUCUUCUCCUAGCGCAGCGUCCCAACAGCCUUCUCAAGUGCCCAAAGGCAGUCUGCUUCCUCUGAUGUCCGAAAGCCGCUUGGUGCUUCUCCCAGGCAAGUUUCUGCCCUUUCAGAAGGAACAUCUGUCCCCCAGGCCUAAAAAUAUCGUAAGGCAUCUAAAAAUGCCAAACGAAUAACUCAAUGAA